AAGUAACAGAGGGGAGAAGAAAUAUCCUGCUAAUGGCUUCCUUCAAAGAGUUCAAGUCAACUUCUCUGGUCAUCUCUAUUCUUCUCCUACAGGUUUCCCUCAUCAACGGUGAUGGAGGAGACGAUGGGGCAGAUAGCAACGUAAACCUCCAUGCAAAGGGCUUGAUUUUGGUUAAAGUAUGGUGCUUGAUCAUUCUUCUCGUCAGCACCUUCGCCGGUGGCGUUUCCCCUUACUUCUUCCGAUGGAAUGAGAGCUUCCUCCUCCUUGGAACGCAGUUCGCUGGUGGGGUUUUUCUAGGUACCUCCAUGAUGCAUUUCUUAAGCGAUUCUGAUCAAACUUUCGGUGAGGUGACAGACAAGACGUAUCCUUUCGCCUUCAUGUUGGCGUGUUCUGGUUAUCUUCUCACCAUGCUUGGGGACUGCGUCAUAGCCUCUGUUACGACGGAGGAUAGAAAUUCAAGAGUAAACCAAAUAGAAAGCGGAAGUACUCCAGAAGAAAUUGCUAAGAAUGGUGACAAUUCGAUCUUCUUGUUGACCAAGACGACGUCUUUGGGAGACACCAUUCUUCUCAUUUCUGCCCUCUGUUUCCACUCUGUUUUCGAAGGCAUAGCCGUUGGAGUUGCCGGUACUGAAGCAGACGCAUGGAGGAAUCUAUGGACAAUAUCACUUCACAAAAUCUUUGCAGCCAUUGCAAUGGGCAUUGCUCUUCUAAAAAUGCUACCAAAGCGGCCGUUUCUGCUAACCUGUGCUUAUUCUUUUGCCUUUGCUAUUUCCAGUCCCAUUGGAGUUGGAAUUGGCAUAGCCAUCGAUUCCACAACUCAGGGAAGUGCAGCUAAUUGGGUUUACGCCAUUUCCAUGGGACUUGCUUGUGGGAUUUUCAUCUACGUCGCCAUCAAUCAUCUCAUCGCUAAGGGCUUCAAACCGCAGGCUGAAUGUUACUUUGACACUCCCUUCUACAAGUUCCUUGCUGUGCUCCUCGGCGUUGCGGUUAUAGCGGUUGUUAUGAUUUGGGAUUAAUAUGAUGCUUUUUUUUGCGUUAUUCUGUGAUUAUGUGGAUAAUUUAUGGAGUUUCUUACACAUAAAUUAAGCUUCUAAUU